CUCAGGUGAGACCCCGCCCCUUGCACGCCGCGGCGAUCAGCCGGGGGCUCUGCUUUUGGCCAUCGCAGACGGUGCAUCCAGGGACAGUCAUGGCUACUUUCCGUUUGGCCCUCAUCCAGCUUCAUGUUUCUUCCAUUAAAUCAGAUAAUGUCACCCGAGCUUGUAGAUUUGUCCAGGAGGCAGCAAAGCAAGGAGCCAAAAUAAUUUCUCUGCCAGAAUGCUUUAAUUCUCCGUAUGGCACGAAAUAUUUUCCUGAAUAUGCAGAGAAAAUUCCUGGUGAAUCCACACACAAGCUUUCUGAAGUAGCAAAGGAGUGCAGCAUAUAUCUCAUUGGAGGCUCUAUCCCUGAAGAGGACUCUGGGAAGUUAUAUAACACCUGUGCUGUGUUUGGGCCUGAUGGAGCUUUACUGGUCAAGCAUAGAAAGAUCCAUCUGUUUGACAUUGAUGUUCCUGGGAAAAUUACAUUUCAAGAAUCUAAAACAUUGAGUCCUGGUGAUAGUUUCUCCACAUUUGAUACUCCUUACUGCAGAGUGGGACUGGGCAUCUGCUAUGACAUGCGCUUUGCAGAACUUGCACAAAUCUACGCCCAGAGAGGCUGCCAGCUGUUGGUGUAUCCUGGAGCUUUCAAUUUGACCACUGGACCAGCCCACUGGGAGUUACUUCAGCGAGGCCG